UUAAUUCCAACGUACGAGACCUCAAACCCAAUCCAGCUAUGUCCAUGCUAACUAUGCCGGUUUCAAUGUCGAUGUCGAAGCCGAAUCACGACGUUUGUAUUUCCCGUCAUCAAAUAACAUCAUGUCAUGUAGUGUCUUCGGUUCGACAACGUCCACCCUACACCCCGAAUUACAUCCCGGACGCUUCCUAUGUACGCGUAUUUGACACCACUCUCCGCGACGGCGAGCAAUCCCCCGGUGCAGCCCUCACGUCGAAGCAGAAGCUUCUCAUUGCCCGUCAGCUUGUGAAGCUGAGGGUCGAUGCAAUCGAGGCGGGAUUCCCGGCAGCGUCGAGGCAGGACUUUGAGGCUGUGGAGAUGGUUGCGAAGGAGGUUGGCAAUGAGGUAGGUGAGGAUGGGUACGUGCCGGUGAUUUGCGGGUUCUCGAGGUGUACCGAGAGCGACGUUCGAGCUGCUUGGGAGGCAGUGAAGUAUGCUAAGAGACCAAGAAUACAUAUGUUCAUUGCAACGAGUGAGAUUCAUUUGACGCAUAAGCUUAGAAAGACGAGAGGGGAAGUGGUUGAGAUUGCUAGGAACAUGGUGAGGUUUGCACGAAGCUUGGGUUUUGAUGAUGUUGAGUUUAGCCCUGAGGAUGCUGGCAGAUCAGAUAAAGAGUUUCUGUAUCAAAUUCUUGGUGAAGUGAUAAGAGCUGGGGCAACAACUCUGAACAUAACAGACACAGUGGGGUAUACAGUGCCAGCUGAAUAUGGGAAGCUGAUAGCUGAUAUAAAAUGUAAUACUCCUGGCACUCAAAAUGUUAUCAUUUCAACGCAUUGCCAGAAUGACCUUGGGCUAGCAACUGCCAAUACAAUAGCAGGGGCAUGCGGUGGUGCAAGGCAAGUUGAGGUCACAAUAAAUGGCAUAGGUGAGAGAGCUGGGAAUGCUUCGCUCGAGGAGGUGGUAAUGACCCUACAAUGUCGUGGAGAGCAUGUGCUUGGAGGUCUUUACACUGGAAUUAACUCGAGACAUAUCUUUUCAACUAGCAAGAUGGUAGAAGAGUACACUGGAUUGAAUGUGCAGCCCCACAAGGCCAUCGUUGGAGCCAAUGCCUUUGCUCAUCAAAGUGGCAUCCACCAGGAUGGGAUGCUUAAGCACAGAGGCACUUACGAAAUCAUACCACCAGAAGAUAUUGGCUAUCAACGAUCCAAUCAUGUUGGUAUUGUUCUUGGAAAGCUCAGUGGACGUCAUGCUCUUAAAAGUCAACUUCGAAAGCUUGGCUAUGAGAUCGACGAGGACAAGCUCGACAACGUAUUUUGGCGAUUCAAAGCUUUAGCUGAACAUAAAAAGAGAAUUAUAGAUGCGGAUCUUAUAGCACUGGUAUCUGAUGAAGUUUCUAAGAAAGUUGACAUCGAAGUGACUGAAAACCGAACAUAGUUUGUGUGAAAUUUUAGAUUUUAUUAUAGUUGGAUCGUUUUUUAAGUAAAUUUAUUUAUUUACGUGAGAAGCGCAAGAACUCGCUUUUGAAUCUAAAACUUAUAUCAUUUCAUAAUAUUGGAUUAUAUGGAGACACGUGGAUAGACGUG